UUGGGGGAUUCUACAUUGUUUUUGUAGAUGAAUAAAAGGGAUGGGCAUGUGACAUGAACAGUGCAAAAGUAUGGUACCACGAAGAACGGCUCGUUCGAGAGUUCCUCCAAGUAAAGAAACCAGAAACCAGAAACCAAGCGAAAGGCUAACCACUGUUCGAAAAUCUCUCUCUCUCUGCCGUGUCCAGUUUCUUGUUGGGUUGUGGUUACAGAACAACAGUCUUUGUCCGUACCAUUAUACUUACCCUCGCUGUCAUGGCCCAGUUCCACUUUCAUGUCUCUCUCUCUCUCCCUGACAUGAAUGAUCUUUUAACUUUUUAAACCCAACAGCUAAAAAUCACCCAACCCCACAUUUUCUCCUCCUUCUUCUGCGUCCUUUCUUUCCCAAGACCGGCUAAGAGGAGAGAGAGAGAAUGAUUCAAGAAUGAUACUCUACAAUCCGGUGUCUGAGUGAAGGGGAACACAAUGGAGACGGGUUCGGGUCCGGGCACCGAGUCGGGCGGUUCCCCCACCGAGUCUUCUCUCAGCAGCGGCCUCAAGUUCGGUCAAAAGAUCUAUUUCGAGGCCUCCCGUGUUUCGGGACCGGGCUCGUCAUCCGGGACCGGAAGAAGGACCAGGGGAGGCGGGUCGGGUCAAACGGGUCAGCCACCGAGGUGCCAAGUGGAGGGUUGCAGCGUCGAUCUAAGCGAUGUGAAGGCUUACUACUCACGCCACAAGGUCUGUGCCAUUCACUCCAAAUCCCCCAUAGUCACUGUCGCUGGUCUCCGACAGAGGUUCUGUCAACAAUGUAGCAGGUUUCAUCAGCUCGUGGAGUUUGACCAAGAGAAACGGAGUUGCAGGCGGCGUCUCGCCGGACAUAAUGAGCGACGGAGAAAGCCGCAACCACCGUCUCUAUUGACUUCUCGCUAUGGAAGGAUCUCGCCUUCUCGUUUAGGAAAUGCCACUGCUGCAAUGAGCGGAAGCUUUUUCCCGGAUUCCAUGGCGUGGCCACCCGGCAGAGUAUCGGAAACUGGUGUGAUGAGACGGCCUCUCUCAUCUCCUCCAUGGCAGAUGAUAAACCAUGAAACUCACCCACGGAGUAUUUUCCCGAGCGGAGGGACAAGCUUUUCAAGUCCAGAGGCCAUGAACCCUAGAGCAGAAAGCUACAAAGGAGUUGCCGACUCGAGCUGUGCUCUCUCUCUUCUGUCAAACGAACAACAACAACCACCAUCGCAGCCAUCACCAUCACUGCCCACAUGGCAACCAUCCACUGGUUUCAAUUUGAUGGCUGGCAUGGCUCGGUCAGGGCCUGCAUCCAGCCAUCAUCAUCAGUAUCCAAAUCAGCCAUGGGAGAUCAAGGGUGGUGAGAACAUCAGCAGCAUGCCUCCUGUUUUGGGUUUGGGUCAAAUCUCGGAGGCAACUAGCUCUCAGAUCGGUGGUAACGCAGCCAUGGGUGGGUUUGAGUUGUUUCAAACUCAGCAAACCCGGGCCUAUGACUCUUCUUCUUCUUCUCAGAAUAUCAACUGGCCUCUCUGAAUCCUUUCCCCUUCAAGGGUUUAUUUUCAUGGAUUAACGCGUGAAUCUCCCACCAAACUAUCUAUCUGUGGGGCGGAUGUUUUAGUAGAAUUCUGACAACUUGGAAGUCCUUUUUAUCCUUUUUGGUCUUUCUGUGCUCUGCUAUAAACCAGACACUGGUUUUGCCAGGAGAAAACUACUUUUGGCUUCUGCCCAUUGUUGUUCUU